GAUGUCUGCGGAGGGAAGGGAUGCGUCACUGGAUUAGUGCCUAAGAAUCUGUCCCAGCCUCUUCCUCCUGAGCUGCUGAGACGCCUUCCAGAAGGGCACGACACUCGCUGCACGCUUUCCCUCCACCUAGCCUUCCACAUGAGCCAGCCAAGCCUUACCUCCCCACCAGGAUGAAGAAAGAAAAGAAAACGCAUGCUUUACUGUUUCUCCUCCUGCUUCACUUCACCUUGGCAAGACAAUCAGACUAUGCUCCAUAUUUUUAUGAUAAUGGACCCAGCAGUACAAAUGGGAAUAUGGCCUUGUUCAGCAUCUCAGAGGAUACACCAGUUGGAACACAAGUAUACAUUCUGAGUGGUCGAGAUCCAGAGGGAGAUCCAGUACGAUAUGGUCUGACUUUUGAAAAGGGCUCCAAAGAAUAUUUUAGGGUGGAUUCCAAAUCAGGAAAUGUGACUCUAAUUCAGGAGCUGGACAGAGAGAAACAAGGUGAAAUCUCAGUGCUCGUGAGCAUAACGGACGGUCGCAAUAAAGUUGUUGAGACUGUAAGAGUCUUUGUAACUGAUGCCAAUGAUGAACCACCUGAAUUUCAAAACCUGCCUUUCAUCAUUGAUAUCCCGGAGGACACUGCUCCAGGAAGUAGUAUCUACAGAGUGCAAGCAACGGAUAAAGAUAUUGGCUCAGGAGGCAGCGUCUCAUAUUAUCUACAGACAUUACCGUUUGCCAAGUUUACCAUCGAUGGGCACAGCGGUAUCCUUAGAGUCAAACCUGGUGAGACUUUGGACUACGAGACUACACCCACACACUUUGUGACGGUGGUUGCAAAGGAUGGAGGCGGAAAGUACAAGGGGAAGCACCAAGUGUUGACCUCCACAGCCACCAUAACAAUCAAUCUAAUUGAUGCACAAGACAUGCCCCCAUCCUUCAUAGGAACCCCUUACUUUGGCUACGUCUACGAAGUCUCAGUUCCUGGAUCUGAAAUUUUCACUGUGUAUGCUAAAGAUGGAGAUCAAGGCAAUCCUAACCCAAUACAUUAUUCUAUUAUGAAUGGGAGUGAUGGUGUGUUUGACAUAAAUGGCACGAGUGGAUGCAUCACCCUGACAACUUACCCAUCUCUUCUGAAAAAUGAAUUAUAUGAAAUUAAAGUCAAGGCGUCUGAGGUAGGACCAAACGAUCAGCUGCAGGACUACGACAUUACCAUGGUGACGGUCCGGGUUGUGGAUCUUAACAACCAUCCCCCGACCUUUUAUGGAGAAAACGGACCACAGAGCAAGUUUGAGGUCACCAUGUAUGAGCAUCCUCCUGCAGGGGAGAUCCUCCGAGGCUUUAAAAUCACAGUCAAUGACUCAGAUCAGGGAGCAAACGCUAAAUUUAAACUGAGACUUGUGGGGCCGAGUCGAGUCCUGCGAGUGGUUCCCCAGACGGUCCUUAAUGAAGCACAGGUGACCAUCAUCGUGGAAGACACAUCUGGCAUCGACUAUGAAAAGGGACCAACCCUUUCUUUUAAGCUGCUGGCGGUGGAGAUCGACACUCCGGAGAGGUUCAGUUCCACAGCUGACAUAGUGAUCAACCUGCUGGACACAAACGACAACAUCCCCAAAUUCACGUCCGAGUAUUACAUCGCCAGGGUCCCUGAGAACUCUCCUGGAGGCUCCAGCGUUGUGUCUGUAACAGCAAAUGAUCCCGAUUCAGGGCCUUGGGGUGAAGUCAAAUACACAAUUUAUGGAUCAGGAUCAGAUUUGUUUACCAUCCACCCGUCAUCAGGACUCAUCUCCACGCAGCCCUGGACCACCCUGGACGCAGAGGUCAGGUCUAAAUACAACUUUUACGUCAAGGCUGAAGAUUCAGAGGGGAAGUACAGCUUGGCUGAAGCCUUUGUCACCGUCCUCGACAUGAAUGACCACCCUCCAGAAUUUGAUGAAAAACUCCUGGAAAAGACCAUGAUUAUUGGUACACCUGUCAGAGUAGAGGCAGUGGAUGAAGAUGCAGAGUCUCCAAACAAUGUCAUUGAGUACUCCAUCAUGACAGCCGAUCCUGACAAUGCAUUUGAUAUCAACGCCGACACUGGGGAGAUCAAGCUGAAGCCGUACAUCAAGUCCAUGGAGAUUGUGCAGAACAUCACCAAGCAGAAGGACUGCAAGUGGUCUCUGGUGGUCCAAGCCAGGGACAGAGGCUCUCCAUCCUUCAGCACGACAACCGUGGUCAAUAUCGAUAUCACCGAGGCGACUCCUCUCAAGGGGCCUAUGGCGGCCUUUUUAUUGAAAAGUAGGGACAAUCCUAUGAAAGCUCUAGCCAUGGUCACUGUUAUUAUUAGCGUAUUGGUAGGGGUGACAGUCUUGAUCUCUACGGCUCUGUACAUGCGUAACUCAAAGUCAAACAGGAUCAUGCCGGCACGUCGCAUCAUUAAGAGGCGACCCAGGGACCAGCCGCCCUGGACCUUUAGGAUGCCCACUAUUACAUUCAACGACCCUGCAGAAAAGUUCCUCAUCGACAACCCAGAGAGUGGCAGGCAGCGGACCAGCAGCCCUCGGCCAAAGCCUCCACCCCCCAGCGCUCCUAGUCUACCCCCUCCACCCCCGUCUAACACACGCCCCAGUGAGAGGCCCCGUGCUGUCCCAACAAUAUCUGGCGCGCUGGCCUCCAAAGGCUCCAAGAAAGCUAAAUCUAGUCGCCGCAAAGAGGGAAAUAUGAGCUCUGCUUUAGUGUCAGAGCUAAAAAUGAAGCUGGAGCAGAAAAUCAUUGAGAGCAACCAAGGUUAUUAUUAAAUCUGUCACACAAACAUCUUGUUUGAGAUUCCCCGGUCCAUUCUUUGACGGCUCAUCUACUGUCCAAGAGUUGUCACCUGAGCUUCAUGUGAUGAUCUGGUAGGAUGGGCCUGCCUUUAGAUUAUACAUAAGUAAACGGUAUGAGGGGUAUAACACGAAGGUUUACAGAUAUUUAUGUCUUAAGAUGAUAUAUUAAACAAGUGGGCUUCACUGCAUCCUCGGUUGACCCAGCUUAGGUAAAGAGAGGAGAGAGCUCUACUCUGUCACUGGUGCAGUCGGAGAUAAUUCCCACACUGCCAUCUUGAGGAAGAUUACAUCAUCUUAACAGUAAGAAGCACCACUGUAAAUUGUCUAGAGAGAUGGUUACUAAGACUUACUGUGUAUACAUAAGUUACAUAACUUCCUGAAAAGUGUAAUGUUCACGACCUUGUAAUGUUUUCAACACAAAGCUAGGAUUUCACCCAAUAAAUCCUACUAAAAAAAUAUUUCUUCUUGCUCACUGGAGCAUGCAGCUGAAUGACAUGGUGAUGAAAAACAACACUGCUUAAGUGCUAAAGGACCUGUGUGUUAAUAUUUUUACUGUGUUACAUCAGCCGCUUGAAAGCUGACAAGUUGCUCUUUUGUAUGAUUACAAUGUGCCACUGUAGGUUUUCACAGUAACAUGAGCAAACAGAGUUGCUUUUAUUUAUUUGAGUGUGUAAUUCUAGAAAAUGCUUUUAUAUAAAUAACAUGGAUCCAUUUUAAAUGUACAGCAUUAUAUUAUUUUCAUUCUUUUUCAGUAUACAUAUAUGACAAGAUAUGAACAUUUCCAAGUUGUAUCUUGCAGCAGUAAAUAACAAAGUACAAAUUAAACCAUCUAACACCACUAGUCAGACAUUGUUGGUACAAAUUCUUAGUCAUAUGCUUAAGAUUUUCAAGUACAGAUCAGUAUGUAUAUAACUUGCUUGGACAUUUCCUUUAUAGAUAUAGAGUCUGUGUCGAACUUUUAGAGUCCACACACACGUUACUUUCCAUGUUACUCUUCAAUGCCUUCAAAUGUAGGCAAA